GCAGAUAAGAGGAGUGACCAAAUAUGGUAAUAAAUCUCGACACGAGAGAGUGUCAGAGAUAACAUAUAAAAGGACCGACGCGAGAUCGACUGGCAGUCACCAGCGAGACAUCAUCAAAGUAUUGUCACCAGUUCUCCCUCACUUGGAUUCAUUACAACUCUUACUAAAAUGUGUGAUGACGAGGUUGCAGCUCUGGUUGUGGACAAUGGGUCCGGUAUGUGCAAAGCCGGUUUUGCAGGGGACGACGCCCCCCGCGCCGUCUUCCCCUCCAUUGUUGGCCGACCACGCCACCAGGGUGUGAUGGUUGGCAUGGGUCAAAAGGACUCCUACGUCGGUGAUGAGGCACAAAGCAAGCGAGGUAUCCUUACACUCAAAUAUCCCAUUGAGCACGGUAUUGUUACUAACUGGGAUGACAUGGAAAAGAUUUGGCAUCACACAUUCUACAACGAGCUGCGUGUGGCUCCUGAAGAACACCCAGUUCUGCUGACAGAAGCUCCUCUCAACCCAAAGGUCAAUCGCGAAAAGAUGACUCAAAUAAUGUUCGAAACCUUUAACGCUCCUGCAAUGUAUGUAUCAAUCCAGGCUGUGCUCUCCCUAUACGCCUCUGGUCGUACCACUGGCAUUGUUUUAGACUCUGGUGAUGGUGUAUCACACACUGUUCCCAUCUACGAAGGAUAUGCCCUUCCUCAUGCUAUCUUGCGAAUGGACUUGGCCGGUCGAGACCUGACGGAUUACUUGAUGACCAUCCUUACUGAGCGAGGCUACACUUUCACAACCACAGCAGAGCGAGAAAUUGUGCGUGACAUCAAAGAAAAACUUUGCUACGUAGCUCUCGAUUUCGAGGAAGAAAUGGCUACGGCAACUCAGUCUUCAUCCCUCGAGAAGUCCUACGAACUUCCCGACGGUCAGGUUAUUACCAUUGGUAAUGAGAGGUUCCGCUGCCCUGAGGCUCUCUUCCAACCUUCCUUCCUUGGCAUGGAAAAUGCUGGUAUCCACGAGACUACAUACAAUUCGAUUAUGAAGUGCGAUGUCGAUAUCCGUAAGGACUUGUACGCCAACGCCGUAUUGUCUGGUGGCACCACCAUGUAUCCUGGCAUUGCUGACAGAAUGCAGAAAGAAAUUACUGCCCUGGCACCAUCCACUAUGAAGAUCAAGAUCAUUGCUCCACCAGAACGUAAAUACUCUGUAUGGAUUGGCGGUUCCAUUCUUGCUUCCCUCUCCACCUUCCAACAGAUGUGGAUCAGCAAACAAGAAUAUGACGAAUCUGGCCCAUCCAUUGUUCACAGGAAGUGCUUCUAAGUGCACUAUAAUGAACAACUGUAGCCUAGUAACAAUACAAAUAUUUAUAAUAUAAUUUUACUUGUAGGUUUAAGGACGAGCCCGAAUAAAUAGUAUUUUAUACUGCAAA